AUGCUAUCCCAGUUUCUGCUGACUAUUGCAUUUAAGUCAGCUUUGAGUGUUGGUAAAAGUGUUAUCGGCAUUGGCUCUGGUAGUGGUUCAAGUGAUGACGAUGAUGAACUGUUACCCACUCCAGAUAUCCCAGAUCUUUCCGAUCCAAUUACCGGUGAUCCAAGUGAAGAUCUAAACCCUAUCAAUGAGGAAAUGUUCUCUUCUUGGGCGUUAUUCAUUUUAUUGUUCCUUUUAAUUGCUGCUCUAUGGUCCAGCUACUAUUUAGCUCAAAGGCGAAUACGAGCUGUUCACGAAACUGUCUUAUCGAUCUUUUAUGGUAUGGUAGUAGGGUUGGUAAUCAGACUAUCACCAGGUCAUUACAUCCAAGACACAGUGACUUUCAAUUCUUCAUAUUUCUUCAACGUCUUAUUGCCUCCGAUUAUUUUAAACUCUGGUUAUGAAUUAAAUCAAGUUAACUUCUUUAAUAACUUAGUUUCUAUUUUAACGUUUGCAAUUCCAGGUACUUUUAUAUCAGCCGUCGUACUAGGGGCCAUUUUAUUCAUUUGGACUGCAAUUGGUUUGGAUGGUAUCAACAUCUCAUUUGUAGACGCAUUGUCAGUAGGUGCUACUCUUUCCGCCACAGAUCCAGUUACCAUUUUAUCUAUCUUCAAUGCUUACAAAGUCGAUCCAAAGUUGUACACUAUUAUUUUUGGUGAAUCUUUAUUAAACGAUGCUAUUUCCAUCGUUAUGUUUGAAACUUGUCAGAAAUUCCAUGGUAAACCUGCUAAAUUGUCUUCUUUGUUCGAAGGUAUUUGGCUGUUUAUGACUACUUUCACAAUCUCACUGUUGAUCGGUUGUAUGAUAGGUUUAUUAAUUGCCUUAAUUUUAAAACAUACUCAUAUUAGAAGAUACCCACAAAUUGAAAGUUGUCUAAUUUUGUUGAUUUGUUACGAAUCUUAUUUCUUUUCAAACGGUUGCCACAUGUCUGGUAUUGUUUCUUUGUUAUUCUGUGGUAUUACUCUAAAGCACUACGCUUAUUAUAACAUGUCAAGAAGAUCUCAAGUUACCAUCAAAUACAUAUUUCAGUUAUUGGCAAGAUUAUCAGAAAAUUUCAUUUUCGUUUAUUUAGGUUUAGAAUUAUUCACUGAAGUCGAGUUAGUGUACAAGCCAUUGUUAAUUAUCAUCACCGCUAUAUCUAUAUGUGUUGCCCGUUAUUGCGCUGUUUUCCCAUUGUCAAGAUUAGUUAAUUGGUUUUACAAAGCAAAAUCUAAUGGUUCAACUACUAAUGCUUCUGGAAGCACAGAAGAAAUACCAUAUAAUUAUCAAAUGAUGAUGUUUUGGGCUGGGUUACGUGGUGCUGUUGGUGUCGCAUUGGCAAUGGGUAUACAAGGUGAAUUCAAAUUUCCUUUGUUAGCAACAGUUUUAGUCGUGGUGGUAUUAACUGUCAUCAUCUUUGGUGGUACCACAGCUGGUAUGUUGGAAGUUCUAAACAUUAAGACUGGUUGUGUCGAUGAACAUGAUGAAAGUGAUGAUGAAUUCGAUAUCGAAGCUCCAAAAUUCAUUAAUUCUUCCAGUUCACGCUUUGGUUCUUCUCCAUACUCUGAUUUUAACGCACAAAAUGCUGCUUCCUCAAGUCGUGCUGAAUUGGUACCAGAUUUCCCACCUUUAGCGGAGGAAAUGGAAAACGAAUUUAAUGCAUCAUCUCCAAGAAUAUCAAAUGUGCAAAAUAUAAAGGAAUCCAUUGGAAGUUUAUUCAAAUCGGAUUCCCAAUGGUUCCAAACUUUUGAUGAACAAGUCUUAAAGCCGGUUUUCUUAGAUUCAAAUGCCCAAAACUCGGUUAAUUCUAAAUCACCAACGCCAAACCAAAAUGGCACUUUUUCACCAAAUGAUAACAGUCAAUGA